AUGCCUUCUGCAGCCGAUAUUCUUAGCGAUCCUGAAAUCGCGCAAGCAUACGAAGACGUGCGCUCUGACAAAUCCGAGACCACGUGGCUUAUCUUGAAGUAUGCAUCCGCGACUUCAGAUAACCUCAAACUCGCCGGCACAGGAAGCGGCGACAUUGCCGAGAUGACGGAGAGUCUUGGCGACGACGAAGCAGCAUACGCCUACGUACGUAUGAAGCUAGGAAACGAUGAGUACAGCGAACGCGUCAAGUUUGCUUUUGUUGUUUGGCAAGGACCCCAAACAAAGGUGAUGCGCAAAGCCAAGAUGAGCUUCCAGAGUGGGCAGGUCAAGCAGGUCAUCCGGACUUAUGCUGUGGAGAUCCAGACAGGGGAUAAGAAGGAUUUGGAGGAAGAGGCAGUGACGAUGAAGCUUAGGAAAGCUAUGGGUGCGAAUUAUGAUCGCCAGAAAACAAACUACUAG